CACCCUAUCGAACCCCUUUCACACACACAAAAUCACAUAACAAACGAGUUGCUCCUCUCUCCUUCAACGAGUUUCUCCUCGCACGAGCUUCUUCUUCUCCUUUCCUCACUCACAGCGCCACCGCCGCCACCCUAACCACCGCAGCUACCUUCUCCUUCUUCUCCUCUCUUUUAAACACUGAACCAGUAGAACACAGCCCCUAUCUCUCUCGUUUUUUCUCGUUCGUAGAACAAAUCAAGCUCAAGUUCCUGUUCUCUUCGUCUCAGGUGAGCUCCAGCACGCUGGCGCCACCUGUAGCAGCGUCUGUCCCCACCACCGCCGCGCCUCUCCCUCUCCUUUUAUCCCCACUCAGUUCUGGCUCGCAUAUCUUCUCAGCGCCAUAGCCAUCAUCUCCUCCAGUCAAUGCUUCCAGUGUGAUAGUGAUCCUUCUACUUGGAGCUACAUCAAUGAUCAUGUUCAUUUUCAUAUAGGACAGUGGUAUGCUUAACUUGGGAUAUAUGAUGUGGCUGUCAAGCAUAUGAUGGAAAUCUUGGCCUGCAGUCACCAGUCCAAGGAAACACAGGAAUUAUUCCUUAGUGACUUUCUUCAAACUGUGAAGAACAGGUUGGCGAUGUAGGACCCAUUCUUGAUUUGAUGGCUGUGGUUUUAGAGAAUAUUUCUACUUCUACCCUCCUAGCCAGAACAACAAUUUCUGCUGUCUAUCAAACCGCAAAAUUAAUCAGUUAUGUCCCUAAUGUGUCAUAUCAGAAGAAGACAAGCAUUCCUACAUAGACUGGAAAUAACAUUUCUACCUAUUCAGCUUUAUUCGUUUAUCUAAAGACAUAGGGUGUUUUCUGGACUUAUUCCAGGCUUUCCCUGAUGCCUUGUUCCAUCAAUUGCUUGUGGCCAUGGCUCAUCCGGACAUGAAACACAAAUUGAAGCACAUAGUGUCUUCUCUAUGGUGCUUAUGCCAUCAAUGGUUUCUCCUUAGUUGGACCAGAAAACAAAGAUGGCUAUGAAGGAUUUGAUGCUUACUCUGUCAACAUUUCUACCUGUAGUUUCUAUAAAUAAUGACAGCAAAGAUCAAUCAGAUUUCUCAAUUGGACUUAAGAUGUAUAAUGAGGUACAACGUUGCUUUCUCACAGUUGGCUUGGUGUAUCCAGAUGAUUUGUUUCUGUUUCUUGUAAAUAAAUGCAGGGUGAAGGAAGAAACAUUGACCUUUGGUGGACUUUGUGUUUUGAAGUAUCUUUUACCAAGGUUAUUUGAAGCUUGGCAUAGUAAAAUACCUCUACUUGUUGAAGCUGUAAAGUCCUUGCUAGAGGAGCCGAGUUUAGGUGUUCGGAAAGCACUUUCUGAGUUAAUUGUGGUUAUGGCUUCACAUUGUUACUUGGUUGGUUCAUCUGGAGAGUUGUUCAUUGAGUAUCUUGUGCAGCACUGUGCUUUAACUGACAAUAAUCACGGUGAUCUUGACAUCCUGAAUAAGAGAGUGGAGGUUUGCUUAUACUUUAAUUUGUACUGGUGUUUUCAUGUGUGUGGUAACAUGUCUAGGACAUAUGGCAGUAGGUAGCAUGAAUGGAGAGAUCAAGCACUCUCAAGCUGCUCAUGUCACCAACUUGUGGAGGGACUUCUCCAGUGAGUUGAUUGUGGGAAAGAUCAAGUGCUUCUAAUUUCAACAGAUUCCCAAGAAAAGCUGGGAUUUCACUUGAGAGAUUGUUGUAUCUGAGGUCUAAAUUGAUCUGGAGAUUUUGGAGUUUUUCAAUUUCUGUUUUAGUAUGGAAAAUAACAGCUUUUAGUAUGGUUGAUAGUUCUAGUAUAGUUGAAUAAUACAUUGAGGAUUAUAGUUGAUGUAUCAAUACAUUUUGUUUAUAUUUUGAAUUAUAUUGACUUGUUUGUUUAUUAUA